AUGCUGUUUGCGACCCAAAACCCGCCUGGCUUAUAUGGCGGCCGAAAGGUACUUUCGCGUGCCUUUCGGAACAGAUUCCUCGAACUUCACUUUGAUGACAUUCCUGAAGACGAGCUUGAAAUCAUUCUGCAGAAGCGCAGUUUAUACACCGCGCCUUCUGACUGCAAGAGGAUCGUUAACGUAUAUAAGGAACUCUCGAGAUUGCGACAAACAAGCCGUCUAUUUGAAAACAAGGAUAGCUUUGCGACUCUGAGAGACUUAUUUAGAUGGGCUCUAAGAGCAGCCGAGACUCGAGAGGAAAUUGCCGCUAAUGGGUUUAUGCUCCUUGCCGAGCGUGUUCGCAAUGAGGAAGAGAGGAUAGCUGUUAAAAAAGUUAUCGAGAUGGUUUUCAAAGUCAAGAUUGACCAAGAACAGCUCUAUGAUAUCCACAAGUCGCCAUAUCUACGGGUGCAGCCUCCAAAUAAUGGUCAGGGUGUUGUCUGGACCCGCGCCAUGCGUCGUCUGUAUGUCUUAGUUGCCAGUGCGCUUCGUCAUAAUGAGCCAGUACUGCUCGUGGGAGAGACUGGUUGUGGUAAAACUACUGUCUGCCAACUCCUUGCUGAGUCUCUUGGUAAGAAAUUGCAUAUAGUCAAUGCACACCAAAACACAGAAACUGGCGACCUCAUCGGAUCUCAACGACCAAUCAGGAACCGGGGAGCUAUUCUAGAUGCAUUGACUCAAGACCUUACAACAGUUCUAGAGGAACUCGGGCAAAUGGUUGAUGGUGACGUAGAGGUCUUAUUAGGGAAGUACCACGCCCUUGAUAAAUCUACCCUGUCCAGGGUGCCCGUGGAUUUACAACGCAGAAUUUCGGAUAACGAAGUCAAGAUCAAGGCUCUCUUCGAGUGGGCAGAUGGAAGUCUGGUCCACGCGAUGCGAGAUGGCCAGUUCUUCCUCCUUGAUGAAAUUUCAUUGGCAGAUGAUUCUGUUUUGGAAAGGUUGAACUCUGUGCUAGAGCCCCAGCGCACGUUGCUCCUUGCAGAAAAGGGAAUUGAUGACUCGUUUGUCAAGGCUUCUGAUGGCUUCCAAUUCCUGGCAACUAUGAAUCCCGGCGGUGAUUUUGGCAAGAAAGAACUCUCGCCAGCGUUAAGGAACCGUUUUACCGAAAUCUGGGUGUCUCCUCUAUCAGCCAACGAAGACGUGCUGCACAUUGUGUCCUCGAAGCUUAAACCUGAGUUUCAACCGGCUGCAAGGGUCAUUGUUGAAUUCUCUUACUGGUUUGGGCAGAACUUCCGGUCCACGGCUUCAACUGCGUUCUCAAUAAGAGACAUUCUAGUUUGGGUGAAGUUCAUUAACGAGAGCGCAGCUUUGAGUGCGGAAGCAUCUGUAGUCCAUGGUGCGGCUACUGUUUUCAUCGACACCCUGGGUGCGAACCCAUCUGCGUUGAUCGCGAUCGACCCCAAGAGCAUGGACACGCAACGACAGAAAUGCUUAGACAAGUUGAGCGAGCUUCUCGGUUGUGAUGCGACUGCGAUAUAUCGGGCGCCACCUGAACUGGCCGUGAGACCCGAUGAAUUGCGGAUUGGUGACUUUUCCAUCAAGCGUGUCGCCAAUGAGAAUUUUGAGGCUGGAUUCGCCUUGCACGCCCCAACCACAAAGCUCAACGCGAUGAGAAUAAUUCGUGCCCUUCAAGUGCAAAAGCCUAUUCUGUUGGAAGGUAGUCCGGGAGUCGGAAAAACGACGCUGAACGGAGAAUGGGUACUCCUUGAUGAGAUGAACCUAGCUUCCCAAUCCGUUCUAGAAGGUCUCAAUGCGUGUCUCGAUCAUCGAGGAGAAGUUUAUGUCUCCGAGCUUGAUCAGGUCUUCAAAAAGCACCCUGACUUCCGGCUCUUCGCAGCGCAAAACCCACAUCACCAAGGUGGAGGGAGAAAAGGAUUGCCCAGUUCCUUUGUAAACCGUUUUAUUGUGGUAUACGCGGAUGUAUUUAGCGAGGAAGACCUUCUGCUUAUUGCCGAACACAACUUCCCUACGAUCCCCCCUGAGACUGUUCGAAGAAUGAUCAACUUUAUAUCCAAUUUGGAAACACGCAUCCUGGUUGAGAAGGCUUUCGGAUCCCAAGGUAGUCCAUGGGAAUUUAACCUUCGUGAUACUCUACGGUGGUUACACUUGCUCACGUCCUCAGAUCCUUUACUUAAGACAGGAAAAGUUGAUGACUUUCUGAAUAUCGCGAUUCGACAGCGUUUCAGAACCGAAAGAGAUAGGCUGGAGGUCGACAAUCUUUUCACUGAAACUUUCGAGGCGCCACCAAAAGGUCAUCAAUUAUAUCACAGCAUUAAUUCCUCCUUGUUCCAAGUUGGACUUGCGCUGGUGCAGCGGAAUAAGCUCCUACAGCUAUCGCAAUUCCCUAGCAUGGAUGUCGUUCCUAGGCUCGUGGAGAUAGAGUCACUUUUAAUAUGCAUUAACCAGAAUAUUCCCUGUAUCCUUGUUGGACCGUCGGGAAGUGGUAAGUCAAUGCUUCUACAGCAUAUCGCUGCUUCGUGCGGGAAGUCACUCGUCACCUUUCCCAUGAAUGCCGAUAUAGAUGCUAUAGAUCUUGUUGGAGGCUUUGAACAGUCUGACCCUAUGCGCGAUAUAAACGCCGCAUUACGACAACUGAGGGAAGCUUUGCAACUCUGGACUGCGAGCACCCUGGUCCAAGGCGCACUCGGCGACGCAGUGGAUUUGUUAAACAUCCUUGGCUCAAUGACUAACCAGGCUGGUGUAUCUCAAUCACUGCUGGAUCGCAUUGGAAAGCUCUUGGCUCAACUCCCGGAAACAUCUGACUUAGCGGUAACGCUAUCUAAUGUGCACGAGAUUCUCCAGCGUUCUAUAAGCAUUUCAAAUCCCAAAUUCGAAUGGCUGGACGGCAUCAUUGUUCAAGCGCUUCAAAAGGGAGACUGGCUGGUACUUGACAAUGCAAAUCUAUGCAGCGCUUCCGUUCUGGACCGAUUGAAUUCCUUACUCGAACCAGGUGGGUAUCUGAUUAUCAACGAGCACUGUGGCCCGAAUGGCGAACCGAGGAUUAUCAAGCCCCAUCCUGACUUUAGAGUAUUCUUGACUGUUGAUCCUCGUUAUGGCGAACUCUCAAGGGCUAUGAGGAACCGUGCCAUUGAGAUUUAUAUCGAGCCUCAUAGUUCAGCCACACCUUUCUGGCGAAGUCGUGUCGCCGAGGUAGAGUCGAGUCUGAAGAGAUAUGAAUCACAAUUGGCGGCGUUAUCAUUUGACAUUGAGAAUAAUUCAUCUAUAUCCGACGUGGCUGUAGAUUCUUUAUCCUUCGACGAUUUGCCCUUGUUGAACAAGUAUACCCCAUUCGAUUGGCAACCACAGGCGAUGUCGCUGUUACAACGAGGCGAAGUUAUGGAACGUCGUUUCAGGGGCGCGCAAUUGGAUUUUAAUGGCGCGAAGCAAGUGACGGGAUCAUACCUUCGUUCGGAAGUAAUGGUUAAUAUUCUCACUACGAUCCGUCAGCUGUAUGCUCCAUUGGCUGGGACUAUUGCUCCUACUUUUGAAGAUAUGCAGCCGAUUUAUCCGCUACAAAAUUCGGUUAUUGUUCCUUGUCUUCAAAGUGACUUAGCCCAGCUUCCGUUCUGGUUAGCGGCAUGCUAUGACCGCCAUGUAGAUAUUGUUGAAGCUAGGAGACGUUUAUCUCUAGAAGACCCCCGCGGGAAGGGUUUCCGCGUUUCUGAAUUGAACAGACUUCAGCGAUCAUGUAUCGCCGACACGGUUGCUGCAGCGUCAAAAGACUCCACUGUGGGAGCUUACAGGUUCCUCAGUAACAUCCUGGAUGGAAUCUACCCAUUUAUGCAGGCCAAUAUGUUUAAUGCUGAUUUCUGGAGGGAUCGAGCAUACUUCUGUCGGGAUGUUAUGAACAAAUGGUGGACAGCUCUUGAUUUCCUUACGGCACCGCGAUUUUCUGAAGCGGGUUUCCAGGCUUAUUUGAGUCUCUUCUCCGACAGGCUGUCCGACUAUAUCUCCCAUGGUGCGGAUGACGGGAUCCGUAACCUGGCCUCUGGUAUCCUUAGGACAAUUAAUGAUACCUUCGUCUCUGGGUUCAAAUUGUCUACUGGCUUGAGCAUGGAAAUCCUCUGGGAGGGAUUGCGACCUAUCCCCAUUAAGGAUGAAUUACUCCUGGACAACAUUCGCCAAAUGGAACGACUGGCCGCACAGUUCGACUCCGUUAAGUGGAAGUCUACAACUACACUGUCAGAUCUUGCCAAUAUAAUGACCUCCUUUGUCAAAGUAUACCAGCUCAUUCGUUUGGGUCAACCAAACGUGGAAACCCUUCUGGGAACUUUGACAACCGAGAUAGAACAAUUGGUUAGCAAACUAGGCGACGAUGGUACUGCGGCAUCUCCAUUCAUGGCUGCCGAGUUUGAAACUAUUAGGCAGAUUAUCUUACUUGAUAGCAUGUCAUGCCGAGAAGACCUCCCACAAACAUCAGGAGAGGUGGUCUUAUUGUCCAGUCUCCCUCUUGUCACCCAGAUGCGCACCACCAGCGCAUCUACUACGUCAAAGCUGCUAUUGUCAAUUGAAAGUAUCACAAGCGAUACCAAUGAGAAACAGUACUGGGAUGAGGUCUUAUCGGCUCGUAUCUUAUCAAAGCUCGAGACCAUCGAUUCGGCUGGUUUAGGUUCUUUAGCCUCACUCGAAGCUGAACUGCCAAUUUUAGCAAGACAAGUUUGUACAGACGCAGAGGCACUCACUGUUGACCGUCUCGGAAAGCUUAGUGAGGUACUAUAUUAUCUCAUGAUGGACGUGUUAUCUAUCUACAACCCUGCUCUUGUCACUGAAUUCAGUUCGGCUUUGCACGCAACCAACACAGCAGAUGUGGUUAAUCUCUCUGAGAUUGGAAUGCAAGACAAUAAGCUGUUCUUCAAUAUGGAGCAACUUUGGCCAAAUGCGAUGCUUGCAAGCCUGGAAAAGCAUUCUAAGAUCGAUAAGCACCAUUUAGUUCCCUCUCUUGCGUUCUUGGUCGCCUCUAAGAGUGGAUCUAAACAUACAAGGCGUGCGCAUCUUGCAAAUGCCUGGGUUCAAUUUUCAGUAGCUUUGAUCAAACUCUUCGUUCCUGAUAAGGCAUACGACCCUCAGUUGAAAUCGGUCUUAGGGCUUCAAGGUUAUCGAUACCGCUUAGAUGCCUUGAAUUAUGAACUUGAACUAUUGCGGAAAUUCGAAAAGUUUCAGACGGGUCAGUCUACGAAUCUGCGAUGUGAACUUCUGGAAGAAGAAAUCGCUGCGGUUGGCCCACCCCCUUCGUCGGUCCAAGCCGUGUAUCGCCCUGCGGAUCACCAGCUUAGCAAUAUCCAAACGGAAUUCAAUAAUCUCCUAAAGGUAAUCCUCAAAUCUGACCUAAGCGUGUUGAUACUUCAGCACUGCUCGGGCUCCGACUCUGCCACACAGGAACUCGAUGUCAUUCGAGACAAUCUAUCGAGAAUAGCGGACCGCUUGAAACACGAGAAAUACCGCGCGUAUGAAGACAUAGUGUCUCCUGUGAUUAACAUGAUUCAUUGUCUAGAGAUCGGGUUAUACCUAGGACGAAAGGCUGGAUCGGGAGUUACUGAUGGUAAUCGUUCAUCGAGAGGAUUACUUGACCUUGCUCCUCUUCUUGGCGGAAAAUUAAACCUCCCAGCUAUACAACCAGCUCCGUCUCAGAGUUUCGAAUUCCUAUGCUACACCCGCAUGGUAGUUGCUGUAGAGGGCCCAAGUGGACUUGAAAGGGUCAAGCAGGGGACUUUCCAGGCAAUUCACUCAUUAUACGAUCAGUGGGCCCAGAAGCUUGAAGCUGACAAGAAAGCUGAAGAGUCUAAGAGAAGCUGGUAUCGUUAUCGGGGCGGCCUCGAUGAGGAAGAGGCAGCAGAACAAGAGGCUUUUGAUGAACUUUUCCCGAGCUUUGAUGAAGACGCUGAGUCUGAACAAAGUAAAAUCCCAAAAGUCGGCGAUGCUAGAGCGCUGGCUAUCAGAUUGGCUCAGGUACAUAAAGACAUAUUCCUCACACCACAAGACGCAGUCAAAAGCAUCAUCAGCCUCGACAAGGACUUCGCCCGAAAAGUCUCAGAAAACGCCGAUAAUUCCGUUGAGGACAAAAAUCUACUUUCAGUCGUACUCUUGUCUCUAGAUGAGAAGUUGCGAGAUAUAAGUUCUAACGCCAACCUAGCCGAAUACAAUUUCUACACGGACCGUAAUCUUCUUGAGGCCCGAAAGCUCUUGAGCUUGGUUAAUGAGAUCCGUGCUCGCUUCCAGCAACUUCGACAAGUCGACGAAAUUGGUCAUCUGCAGCCACUUAUCGACCUUGGACAUUCAGAUCCUCUUGCUAGCACAAUCCCGAAAGUUGAGCAGUUACAUGCCUUUGUGUACGAGUGGCAGUUUGGCGGGUGGGCGAGCAAAACAUAUGGUGUGUUGCCAUUAUACAACAGACUAACGGACUUACUUGUUGGUUGGCGCCGCCUGGAACUCUCGACAUGGGGAAAACUUUUUGACAUGGAAGUCAAGAAGAAUGAUGAGGAUGCUAGUUCUUGGUGGUUCAUUGCUUACCAAGCUAUCAUCGCCGCGCCAUUGACCCUAGCUCAGGCUGGAGAAGAUCUUUCGCAACAUAUCUCUGGUCUACUGAGGGAGCUGGAAACAUAUUUCUUUUCGGCUCCUGUCGGACAAUUUUCUAGUCGUCUCGGCCUUCUAAAGCAACUUCAUAAGCAAGUCGAGUUAAUUGUCGUAGAUUACCCAUCAAUGUCAGUCAUUCGAGAUGGUCUUCACAAUUUCAUCGGCUUCUACUCUCGGUAUACGAAAGCUGUCGACGAUCUGAUCCGUGCUGGACGAACCCCUCUCGAGAAGAAGAUGAAAGACGUCCUUCUUUUAGCAAGCUGGAAGGAUACAAAUAUUGUCGCAUUGCGAGAAAGUGCACGAAAGUCGCAUCAUAAACUUUUCAGGAUCGUUAAAAAGUUUAGAGAGGUCCUUGGUCAGCCUAUGAAGCCAAUAAUCGAAAAUGGCCUGCCAGAUGAAGCGAUCAAUGAAGCCAGGACGACUGAUAUCAAAACAGAGAUUAGUUCAAUCGACAAAUCUGCGGUUAAGCUUUGCUCCGAAGACAUUCCUAAUUGGGGAGACGAAUACCGCAGGUUAGCGAAUGUACAGAGAACAACGGAGAUUAUGAGUAGGCUUAGCCGUAUUCCAGAGUCUGCUAUGGAUGCUGGUGAAGCCAUAAACUCUUUCCUUUCCAACCUUGAGGAUUCGGCCGCUGAGCUUCGAAAGGAGACCCCUGGUACACUCACUGAGGAGAACAAGGCGUUGGUUAAGCAUUUGAAGUCGCGUAAACGAAAGCUGUUUGCGGAGACUCUGAAGGAAGCAAGGCAAAUGGGAUUUCAGUAUAAUCUUAGUACUGACGUUCUAUCCCAACAAGCCGCACUCUCUACUGUACUUGCUACGUCGGACACGCUUGCCUCGCAGGCUUUCCAGGAACUCAAGAAUACGGAUUACUACUUCCACAAGAUGCUUGAUCUUGCACCUCAAGUCCGACGAGCUUACAAUGAACACUCGGAUGACCUGACUACCGCAGAAGUUGACAGGAGUAUCGGAUUUCUCGAAGGUGUACUUCAUGUUACAUUAAAUCAAAGACGCGGGUUAGCAAAAGCACUCAAACACUACGACGCACUAGCCGCCUCGUCAAGAUAUAUUCACUCCUUGAGCGAAUUACAAGGAGGCGACAAGAUCAAGACCACGUCGGUAUCUGCUAAUCACGAAAGAGUGUGUGCUUGGGCUGUCCAGAUUAUCAAAGUCGGAAGGCAUCUUAUCGAGCUACACGCAAAGUUCGGAAACCUGGACCAUAAGGAGUUGCUCCACCGGCUUGAUGACCGCUUGUCUGAAUUCACUAACUUGUCUUCUGAAUGGAAAUCGCUUCCAGUUAUACCCGGCAAUCUUACUUCAGUGGCAAGAUCACACUUAGAAACAAGGGUCAGCCUAUCGCUUAACCAAUUCCGAGAUGAAUUGGAUGAUGGCUGUCGAAAAUGGCCGGCGUUAGCAUUCCUGCUGGAGCAAAUCAGCCUAUGGACUAUCAUCGACGAACAGUCUGUAUCCGCUUCGACUGUAGGAACUAAGCAACUCGAAGCCGUGCUUUAUGCAUCUAAAAGCCUCUGUGAUAGUAUUCUUGUAACCAUUGAACAACUCAAUAAGACAAUGACCAAGUUGCCUGGUUCGCAAGAAGAAGCCGGAUGGCUGGUAAAGCAUGGAGAGGUCAUGGCUGAUUCCCUUAGAGUUCUACAUAUGGACAAGGUCGAAAAAGGCAUGACGGAGCUCUUCGCACUUUUCGCACAAAUAAAUUUGGCUGAUAACUCUGUUAAUCGAAUUUCAACUGCCCUGAUGGCAGUUCUGGCACCGAUUGUGGACCAGUAUCAAGUCGCCUGUAAUCAAACCGUUGAGACGUUCGCGCGUACUCACAAAAACACCUGCAAACUUGGUUAUAAGUUGAGCAAAAGUUUCACCCAACUUUCCUCUCAAGGCUUUUGCACUCCACAAGAAAAGUCAGACGAGAAGUCCGGAGAGACUGGAGAGCUUGAGAGCGGUACGGGUCUCGGAGAAGGUGAGGGCGCCGAGGAUAUCAGCAAGGAUAUCCAGCCCGAUGAAGAUUUGUCUGAAUUAGCGCAAGAGAAAAAUCAAGAAUCAAAGCAGGAGAUGGAAGAAGAAAAGGACGCUGUUGAUAUGGCCGACCAGGAGCUUGAAGGAGAUGCCGAAAGCGUGGAUGGCGGCAACGAUGACGAAAAAGGAUCUCAGUCUGGCGAUGAAGAUGAGAGUGGCGACGAAAUGGACGAGGAAGCCGGUGAGAUGUGGGACGGGGAGGAUGAAGAGGAUGCGGAGAAGGACCAACAAGGAGAAAAUGCAAAGGGACAAAAGAAGAAAGAUGAACAAAUCGCUGCUGAAGCACAACCAGAUACUCAGGAGGUUGACGAAGGAGAAGAUGGCAGUCAAGGCGAUGAAAACCCUGACGAGAACCCUGGGGCAGAAGAGAACGAGGAUGUCCAGCAACAAGAGGAAGCUAAUAUGCAGGACCAAAACGUCCAAGAGCAGGAUACCUUGGCGUUGCCCGAUGAUAUGAACAUUGAUGGGGAUGACAAUGACUCAAUGUCGUCAUUGAGUGACGACGAACUGGAUAAACUCUCGGAUGUCGACCAGGAGGAGCAGAAAGACAAGCAUAUGAGUGACCAAGAAAGCGAAACCAAUGAAGACGUGGACAUGGAGACGGCGCCUCCGGAUGCCGGUAAUGAUAACGAAGAAAUGGAUGAGAUCGCGGAUCAGGAUGAAGAGGCUAGGAUCGAAGAAGACGAACAAGCAGAAGAGCCGGAACAAGAUACUGAAGAACAGGAAACGGCCCAGGUACCAUCUAAUGACGAAGCUAAUGCAGCCAAUGAGGACGCUGCGCCCAGUGACGUCAAGGGUGGCGGACAAGACCUGGACCCUAACCAGACUGAUGAGGUUGACAAUACUCAGAGUAAUGCCGCCCAGCGAGAGAAUGGAGAGAUGGGAGAGAAUGCGGCAGAUCAGGACACUUCGGCUGGCAAGAAGGGCAGUACACAGUUGGAUGAUACAAAGGAUUCGCCAACUCAAAAGUGGCAUAGGCAACAGCAAGAGAUAAAAGAAGCUCAAGAACAAGACACACAAGAGCAAUCGACAAAUGCUGAACCGGAAUCAACGAUCAAGGAAUUCCAACACAUUCAAAACGACGAGUCUGCUGCGGAUACCCAGGCAAUGGGCACUUCGAAUGAAGAGCAAAAGCAGCAGAUUGAUGAAUCAAUGGCAAUUGACGAGGACGAGCAAGCUACGGACAGCCGGAUUAUCCCUGAAGACGAGGCCGAGGCAGACGAUGUAGACGCAGACGCAGACAAGAUGGACGUUUCAGAGCCCCAGGACACUCAAGGGCAGCAAGACGCGCAAAAGGAAGAAAGACCUAGCGGGGAGUCCCUAGAAGAGGUGGAGGAAGAGAUCCAAGAGACUUCUACGCAGCUCUCAUCAACCCAUCUGUCGGAGCCAAGCUUGGAACUGAGAGAUUUUGACGAGACGAUGCAGCAAUGGACCUCGUUCCAAAGCAAAACUCACCCACUUUCUCUAUCUUUGACUUCCCAAUUGCGAAAGCGCCUUAAUAUCAAACACAAGAUUUGGAUGCGCAGAGCUAUUCCUACCAAGCGCUCCUACCAGAUCCUGCUCUGCGUCGACGACAGCAAGAGUAUGGGCGAGUCAAGCUCCGGCGAACUGGCACUAGAGUCGCUCGUGGGCCAGAUCGGUUUCACCGAACCUUUUGCCUCUCACGACGCCGGCGCUAAGGUCUUGCAGAAGUUCACGUUCCAGCAAGACUAUACGGAUAUCCAACUCCUUAUCAAGCAGACAAUCGAGCGGUUCCGGCUCGCACGUCUCCAAAGCACAAGUCGCGGCUCUGAGGAUCUCUGGCAACUAGCGCUGAUACUAUCAGACGGGUUGACGCCGUCAGCAGCGCACGAGCACAUCCGCGUGCUGUUGCGCGAAGCUAUGGAGGAGCGCAUCAUGAUCGUGUUCAUCAUUAUGGACGACACAGCGUCCGGAAAGGACAAGGACAAGCAGAGCGUCGUCAACCUCAAGAAGGUCCGGUUCAUGGGCAACGACGAGAUCCGUACCGAGUACUACCUCGACACCUUCCCGUUCCAGUACUAUCUCAUCGUGCAUAAUCUCGAGGACCUCCCGGGCGCGUUGGCGGGGUUGCUGAGGACGUGGUUCGCGGAGGUGAAUUCCUAG